GUCACUCUGUCCUGUCUUUGUUGUUUGCUUUUGACUGCGUUGGGUUUCAGUUUCGGUUCGUGUCCAAACAAAAUAACCUGUUAUGUCUUUGCCCUCCUCCCCUGUCAUCAUCUAUCCACGCCCGAACUCAAAAAAAAAAAAAACUCAAAAAAACUUGGAGCUCUGAUAGAAGCAAUGGCGGGUAUGACGAUUUCACCUGCACUGGGUCUUUCCUUCUCUUCUCGAACUAGAAACUCUAAACCCACUUCGUAUCUAUCUCACAACAAUCAAAGAAAUCUCACUAGGCGUAUUCUUUCUUCUGGCGAUUCACUCAAAGCUGGCCUUCCGAGUAAUGUCUCUGUAAAGAUUGACAGCAAGGAUCCAAGAUUUGGAGUGAUAGAAGCUAAGAAAGGAAACCCGCCUGUAAUGCCAUCAGUGAUGACCCCUAGAGGAGGACCUUUGGACCUUUCUUCUGUGUUAUUCCGCAACCGCAUAAUCUUCAUCGGACAGCCAAUCAACGCACAGGUUGCUCAGCGUGUCAUAUCUCAGCUUGUAACCCUCGCUUCUAUUGAUGACAAAUCCGACAUCUUGAUAUACUUGAAUUGCCCUGGAGGCAGCACCUACUCCGUCUUAGCAAUUUAUGACUGCAUGUCUUGGAUAAAGCCUAGAGUUGGAACAGUAGCGUUUGGAGUAGCGGCGAGUCAAGGAGCACUUCUUCUUGCUGGAGGUGAGAAAGGGAUGCGCUAUGCAAUGCCUAACACUCGCGUCAUGAUCCAUCAACCUCAAACUGGAUGCGGAUGUGUAACAAACUUUUGCAGGGACGUGAGGAGACAAGUGAAUGAAGCCAUUGAAGCCAGACAAAAAAUUGAUAGGAUGUAUGCAGCCUUCACUGGACAACCUCUUGAGACAGUGCAGCAAUACACUGAAAGAGAUCGUUUCUUAUCUGCUUCUGAGUCACUUGAGUUUGGGCUUAUCGAUGGUCUACUAGAAACAGAAUACUGAAACAGCAUAUACAUGACAAUGCACAGAGACAGUUUCAUUACAUGUUCAAAGCUUUCAUAACUCAUUUGAAUAUGAACUUAAUAGUUUUUUGUUUUCUUGGUUUUACUAUCUGCCCCAUUUAUUUUUGCACUGAUACAAUCAGAAAACUUUUGUUCUA